CUCAUAUUACUUGACCACGAUACCGUCAUACAAUAUUUCGAGGUCAGCCUGCACUCCUUACGAAAUCUACGACCGAGAGUAUUGCAUUUUAGCAUUUACAGAAACCAAGAUGGCAGACGCCAGCAACGAGCCCAAGCUCGCUCAGACCGAGAUUGAGAAGCCCCUCCAUGGCGACGAGAAGGCGGCAGAAGCUCCAAAGGCGACCCCUGAUACCCCGGCAUCCACCUUGACAAAUGCUGCUUCAGCUGCUGCCUCGACCGUCACCUCCGCUGCUUCUGGCGUCGCCGACAAUGUUUUCUCUAUGUUCGGUGGAGGAGCAAAGAAGGAGAAGAAAGGAGAGGAUGAGGACCGUGGUGAUGUAUCUGGAUCCGCAAAGGCUCAGAAGGCCGCCGCUGCUGAGGAAAACCCAGAGGAUGAAGCCCCAGAGUCAGAAGAUGUCCAUUUCGAACCCGUCAUCCGUCUCACCGAGAAAGUUGAGGUCAAGACCAACGAGGAGCUCGAGGAGCAGGUUUUCAAGAUGCGCGCAAAGCUCUUCAAGUUCAACAAGGAGGCCAAUGAGUGGAAGGAGCGCGGGACUGGUGAUGUUAGACUCUUGAAGCACAAGGAGAACGGCAAGACGAGAUUGGUCAUGCGAAGAGAUAAGACUUUGAAGGUCUGCGCCAACCACUAUGUCGUUCCCGAAAUGAAGCUUUCUCCCAACGUUGGCAGUGACCGAAGUUGGGUUUGGAACGCUGCUGCGGAUGUCAGUGAGGGUGAGCCCGAGGCCCAGACUCUUGCUAUUCGAUUUGCCAACUCCGAGAACGCCAAUCUGUUCAAGGAGGCAUUCAUCAAGGCCCAACAGGAGAAUGAGCUUCUCUUCGCUCAAUCCUCCUAAGCCGACCGCAUAGAACUCGCCUUGAUCUCGACUUUGCAGGAUUCAAGACGGCAACAUACAACUACGAACGUCACGAACAACCCCUUUGCAUGAAUUCCUUUCCAAUACACCAUGAACCCCUUGUGCGUCAUGCUUCUUGAAAAGCAACCUUUGUAACACUCCUCGAGAUAGAUCUUGACAAUUGAGCGGUCUUGGUCUCUUCUUGAGAAGUGGGUCGUAGAUUUGAUGAUGCUGGACGAUUUGGAAGGUCAACCAUGGUCAUCUGUCUCAAGACUGUGACACAUGAGAUUGUAGUUAGACUAAAAUAGCAGUCCCUCUUUGUCCCCC